AUGGUUCAGAUACUGUCUCAAAGCCCUGCCUCUUCAUCUCUUACAUCACCCAACAUUGUUGUGGUAGGAGGUGGUGCGAGCGGUCUUGCAAUUCUCCUUCAAUUGAUCGAGAGAGCUAAAAGUGGGAACCAACUUGGAAGAAUUGUCGUUUUAGAAAAGAACAGAAUCCCUGGUCCGGGCCUGGCCUAUUCAGAUGCCUGUACUGGCACAAUAUUGAACAUGCAUACCGAUACAAUGGGACUGUACGUCGACCAGCCCCGACAUUUUUCUCAAUGGCGAACAAAUUUGAAAGAAGGCGACUUUCCCUCUCGCCAGAACUAUGGGGAAUACCUUCAAGCCACCUGGGCCCAAGCAAUGGAUGCAGCUCAGCUGACUGGAUUGAUGGUUUCUGUUAUCCAUGAAGAGGCCAAAGAGAUCGACCGAUCCAAUGACGGCGCCUUCACUUUGACACUUGGAAAUGGAACACACCUCAGAUCGCAGGCCGUCAUUCUUGCACUCGGCAAUUUCAGCUCAGUCUUUAAUUCUCAUCUCAUCAACCUUCCCGGAUUCUUCGCGAGCCCGUGGCCACUGCCUCAACUAAGAUCUAUCACACCUGACUCUUCUGUUAUUAUCGUGGGUUCCCGGUUAUCUGCUGUGGACGCUGCCACCUACCUCUCUGACAACGGCCACCGAGGCACUAUUACUUUGAUGUCUCGUAGUGGUCGCCUUCCUAAAGUCCAAGGAGACCAGACUACCUACCCGCAUCGCUAUGCAUUAUACGAACUUGCCAAGAAGACCGAAUCCGACCCUCAAGACAGCCUUCUCCAGGUGAUGAGUGGUCUAAUGGAUGAGCUAUCACGGGCCACAGAUGGCGACUGGAGUUGGAUUCUAGACGAUUCAUCUCCGGUGAAGCAAAUUCGACAGGACAUCAAAGCUGCACUCACUAGCCAGGUCCAGUGGCAGGCCGUGCUACGUGGAACGGCUCCAGUCAUUGAGCGAUAUUGGAAAUGUCUGUCUCCAGGAAGUCAACAGCUCUUCAUGGAGAAAUAUCAUAGUAUAUGGAUGAGGUUCCGUCAUGCAAUGCCCGCGCAAAAUGCGCAGAAGAUACUCAGGAUGCUGGAAAGCUCCCAGUUACAGAUCGUUCGAGGAGACUCUAUGAACUGGGAUGGCACGUUCAAAGCGCAGACUUCAGCUGGCAUUGUUGAGGCCCCGUUUGUUAUUGAGGCCACUGGUCAAGAGUGCAGUCUCGACCGUAUUCAAUCGCCUCUUAUCCAGUCUGCACUGAAAAACACCCUUAUUACGGCUCAUCCUAGUGGUGGGAUAAUCGUUGACUUUGACAGCUUGAGUGCUUCACCAGGGCUUUACGCCAUCGGGUCCCUCACUUGUGGUACACAUUUCUAUGUGAGUGCCAUCGACCGGAUUGUAGCCCAUGCUGCUCGUAUUUCCUGCAGUUUGACGCAGAACCCCUGCGCCCGGUCAUUGCAUGUGGCACUCUUCUGUGGGUCUGAUCUUUUCUCCCACCUUAUAGUAAGCAGUCUAGUCCCUCAGCUUCUUGCUGCCGGUCAUGUCCCUUUCGUCUACCUGCCGAAACACAAGGCUAGCCGCAGCGCUACUUCAUUCGACCUUCAAGAGCUAGCCUUUUUCGAACGAGAAUUGCUACAGCAGUACAUUCUACCUUACUUCAAAGAUGAGACCCUUGAAGGCGCCACGCAUAAAACAGUGGACCAAAUCCGAACCACAUACGGAGUUCUCGUUGAAGAAGUACCCAACGUCAACAAAAUGUCCUUUAUCAAGACACUUGCUAGACAUCACAUCAGCGUUGGCUUAUCAGUGCGGUGCUACCAGCGAUUCAAGUCGGACAUCAUUCGCUACUUUUCCAAGCCUCGACGUCUGCUCAACCUCCACCCUGGUACGCUUCCUGCCUACCGUGGAGUCAUGACGACCGUCCGGGCUAUGAAGAACAAGGAAACUUACUUCGGAUAUUCCCUUCACGACAUCGACGAGAACUGGGACUCGGGAGAUGUUAUCAAAAUCCGCGAGCAUCCUAUAGACUACUCUAAGUCGAUGCUCGCGUUCAUGGGAGAAGUUUAUAACAUGGGGGUGGCUGUGGCGAUGGAUGCAUUCGAUGCUAUUGCCAGAGGAAAAGAGCUACCGAAAACACCCCAAAAGUCUGAAGAAAGCGAGUAUUAUACAUUUCCCACAAAUGAAGAAUUGCAGGAUAUUCAGCGGAGUGGAAUCCGCUUGGUUGAUGCUGAGAGCAUCGUCAACAUCAUUGUGGAGUCCUUCGCACCGCCCAGGGGACAGGAAAAAUUUCGCGCAUAUAUUGAAUCGGCUGUGCAGGGUUGGUACCGCCUAAAUAUGGCUUGA